AAGAAAAGCUCAGAACUUCAUGGCCAAUUCUGAAACCAUUUUCAGCAAAAGGGUGUUCUUUGUUUGAUUGUAUUUUGAUCAGACGGCCAAGAUUUGAUUUUGUUCUUUAGAUAAAUCAGAUUUCUUUUUGUAAAUAGAAAAGAAGAAGAUUUAAGGAGGGAACAGUUUCAAACUGCCUUCAGUAUUAGCUUUGCCUUCAACUAUUCAAAUUCAAAAAUCUGUGACUGUUAAAAGAUUUGACCAGAGAAUUUACAGCAAGAGAGUCUCAAAAUGGAAAAUAUUUCAAGUCCUGAUGAAAGUCCUGAUGUGGGAUAUGGAUAUCAACCAUCACCAUCUUCUGUGGAUGAUCAAUCACCUACUGAAACAACAGGUUUUUCGACGUUGAGUGGCUAUUCUUUUGCCUAUUGCAGAACAAACUCAGAGACCUCAGCCUUUUCAGAACAUACAGAUGAAAAUAGUUGGUCUGAGACAGGAUCUCCUAUGAGCUCGCGAGGCAUGAAAUCUCCCACUCGUGCUGUUCUUUCGAGACUAGGAAUGAGGCAGCACAAGACUAUUGCAGAUGAUCCUGAAACAAUAGAUUUAGAGCUUGAAUUGAUGAAGGAGAGAUUUUCAAAGUUGUUAUUAGGAGAGGACAUGUCAGGAGGGGGAAAAGGUGUAUCAACAGCAGUGACAAUCUCAAAUUCCAUUACAAAUCUUUAUGCAUCUAUGUUUGGUCAACACCAAAGAUUGGAACCUUUACAUCCUGACAAGAAAAUAAUGUGGAAGAGAGAGAUGAAUUGUCUCUUAUCUAUAUGUGAUUACAUUGUGGAAUUUGUUACUACAUCACAAAAGUUUCAAGAUGGAACCACUGUUGAGGCAUUGACAAGCAGGCCUAGAUCAGAUAUCUACAUCAACCUUCCUGCACUGAGAAAACUCGACGCCAUGCUCCUGGAAAUCUUGGACAGUUUUGAGGCCACUGAGUUCUGGUAUGCUGAGCAAGGAAGCAUGUCAAGCAACUCAACACGUGCUGGAUCGUUUAGGAAGAUUAUUCAGGUUCAGCCUCAACCUCAGCGCAAAGAAGAGAAGUGGUGGUUACCAGUUGUUUGUGUUCCUUCUGGUGGAAUCUCCGAGAAGGCAAGGAAGCACUUGAGACACAAACGCGACUGUGCCAACCAAAUUCACAAAGCAGCAAUGGCUAUCAAUAGCAGCAUUCUUUCUGAAAUGGAAAUCCCAGAAUCAUACAUGGCAUCACUCCCUAAGAGUGGAAAGGCGAGUGUUGGAGACUCAAUCUAUCGCCACAUGUAUUCAGCAGAGAAGUUUUCCCCUGAACAUCUCCUUGACAGUCUAAACAUAAGCUCUGAACAUGAAGCACUUGAACUUGCUGACAAGAUUGAAGCUUCAAUGUAUACAUGGAAACGUAAAACAUGCAUGCCUCAAUCGAAAUCAUCAUGGGUCAUGGUAAAAGAUCUUGUCUCUGAAGAUCGGACUGAUAAGAAUCAUGUCUUAGCAGAACGAGCAGAAAGUUUGUUGUUUUCUUUGAAGCAACGGUAUCCUGAACUUUCACAAACAACAUUGGACACAAGCAAGAUCCAUUUCAAUAAGGAUGUUGGAAAGGCAAUCUUGGAGAGCUAUUCUAGAGUAUUGGAAAGUUUGGCAUUCAACGUUGUUGCUUGGAUUGAAGAUGUGCUUUUUGUAGAUAAGACCAUGAAAAACCAAGAAGAGUAGGGACUGCAGUAAGCAAAGCCUUUUUGAUUUCUGCAAAUAGGAUUCAAAUUUCAGCUCCUCCGGAAAUACAGUUAAACUUCCUGUAACAAAGGAUCAUUACUGAAUAGAAUAGCACCAAGUCGAGAACUUGACAAAAGAAGGAUCAAUUUCACUACGUGAUAACCAAAUUGAUUCUGUAAUUUGAGAGAAGUAUUCGAACUUGGAAAUCUGUUUUUAUCAUGAUUUUGUAUAUUUAUAUUUUAUAUCCGAGAGCCAAAUUCUGUA